AUGACGAAACAUAUCCCAUUGAAAGAGCGAUUAAGGAAGAAGCAGGACAAAAUCCUGAAGUUACGUACAGUCUGGCAGCCGAAGCGAGAGCAAAGGGAGGAGGAUAAGCAGGACAGGCGCCUCGCAAGAUUCACUAAAGUUUGCAAGAAGUUGCAGAAGGUGGUUGAGAUCUAA